AAAGUGUUUGCCUCUCGAAAGGAGCUUCUGGAAUAUGAUCUGCAACAGAGAGAGGCCGCAACGAAGUCCUCACGAACCACCGUCCAACCCACAUUUACUGCCAGCCAGUAUCGUGCCUUGUCUGUUUUAGGCUGUGGUCACACGUCUUCAACUAAAUGCUACGGCUGUGCCUCAGCUGUCACUGAGCACUGCAUAACGCUGCUUCGGGCCUUGGCCACCAACUCGGCCAUCAGGCACAUCCUUGUGUCCCAGGGCCUCAUCCGAGAAUUGUUUGACUACAACUUGCGCCGCGGCGCGGCCGCCAUGCGGGAAGAGGUCCGGCAGCUCAUGUGCCUUCUGACCAGGGACAAUCCAGAGGCCACACAGCAGAUGAAUGACUUGAUCAUUGGGAAGGUUUCUGCAGCUCUGAAAGGACACUGGGCCAACCCAGACUUGGCUAGCAGCCUCCAGUAUGAAAUGUUGCUGCUAACAGACUCCAUCUCGCGGGAAGACAGCUGCUGGGAGCUCCGACUACGUUGUGCUCUCAGCCUCUUUCUGAUGGCGGUGAACAUUAAGACCCCCGUGGUUGUGGAAAACAUCACCCUCAUGUGCCUGCGCAUUCUUCAAAAGCUGAUCAAACCACCUGCUCCAACCAGCAAGAAAAAUAAGGAUGUGCCUGUGGAUGCACUCACCACUGUGAAGCCUUACAGCAAUGAAAUCCAUGCGCAAGCUCAACUGUGGCUCAAGAGGGACCCCAAAGCAUCAUAUGAAGCAUGGAAGAAGUGUCUCCCUGCCAGAGGUAUAGAUGCCAAUGGGAAAGCUCCCAGCAAAGCUGAGCUUCACCAGCUCUACUUGUCGGAAAAAUACGUCUGGAAAUGGAAACAGUUUAUGAGUCGCCGUGGGAAGAGAACUUGCCCACUGGAUCUCAAGCUGGGACACAACAAUUGGCUGCGUCAGGUGCUGUUUACUCCUGCUACCCAAGCUGCAAGGCAGGCUGCGUGCACUAUUGUGGAAGCUCUGGCUACCAUCCCCAGCCGUAAACAGCAGGUCCUUGAUCUCCUUACAAGCUACCUGGACGAGCUGAGCGUUGCUGGCGAGUGUGCUGCUGAGUACCUAGCCCUGUACCAGAAACUCAUCAAACCUGCCCACUGGAAGGUCUACCUGGCUGCGAGAGGGGUCUUGCCCUACAUCGGCAGUCUCAUCACUAAGGAAAUAGCUCGUUUACUUGCCUUGGAGGAAGCAACACUCAGCACUGAUUUGCAGCAGGGAUAUGCCUUGAAGAGUCUCACAGGUCUUCUCUCUUCCUUCGUGGAGGUAGAGUCUAUCAAACGACACUUCAAAAGCCGCCUGGUGGGUACAGUCCUCAAUGGUUACCUGUGUUUGAGGAAGUUAGUGGUGCAGAGAACAAAGCUGAUCGAUGAAACCCAGGACAUGCUGCUGGAGAUGCUGGAGGACAUGACGACAGGCACAGAAUCCGAAACAAAGGCGUUUAUGGCAGUGUGUAUAGAGACAGCAAAACGUUACAGCCUUGAUGACUACAGGACACCCGUGUUCAUCUUCGAGAGACUUUGCAGUAUUAUCUAUCCUGAGGAGAAUGAAGUGACUGAGUUCUUUGUAACGCUGGAGAAAGAUCCCCAGCAGGAAGACUUCUUGCAGGGCAGAAUGCCAGGCAAUCCCUACAGCAGUAAUGAGCCUGGCAUCGGGCCGCUCAUGAGGGACAUCAAGAACAAAAUCUGCCAGGACUGUGACCUGGUAGCUCUGCUGGAGGAUGACAGCGGAAUGGAGCUUUUGGUGAACAAUAAGAUCAUCAGUUUGGACUUGCCUGUAGCCGAGGUCUAUAAGAAGGUGUGGUGUCCCACGAACGAGGGGGAGCCCAUGAGGAUCAUUUACCGCAUGCGGGGGUUACUAGGAGAUGCCACGGAGGAAUUCAUCGAGUCCCUAGACUCCACUACUGAUGAGGAGGAGGAUGAGGAAGAAGUGUACAAGAUGGCUGGGGUGAUGGCCCAGUGUGGUGGCCUGGAGUGCAUGCUGAACAGAUUGACAGGAAUUAAGGACUUCAAACAAGGCCGGCACCUCUUGACGGUGCUGUUAAAACUGUUCAGUUACUGCGUGAAGGUGAAAAUCAAUCGUCAACAGCUGGUCAAGCCUGAGAUGAACACUUUGAAUGUCAUGCUGGGAACCCUUAACUUGGCUCUCGUGGCUGAGCAGGAAAGCAAGGACAGUGGAGGAGCAGCUGUGGCAGAGCAAGUGCUCAGUAUAAUGGAGAUCAUACUGGAUGAAUCCAACGCGGAACCUCUGAGCGAGGACAAGGGUAACCUUCUCCUGACUGGUGACAAGGAUCAGCUGGUGAUGCUGCUCGAUCAGAUCAACAGCACUUUCGUCCGCUCCAAUCUCAGCGUCUUGCAAGGCCUGUUACGCAUCAUUCCUUACCUGUCCUUCGGGGAAAUGGAGAAAAUGCAGAUUCUUGUUGACCGAUUCAAACCCUACUGUAGCUUUGAUAAGUAUGAUGAGGAGCACAGCGGAGAUGACAAAGUUUUCCUAGACUGCUUCUGUAAAAUAGCAGCUGGGAUAAAGAAUAACAGCAACGGCCAUCAGCUGAAAGAUCUGAUCCUCCAGAAGGGGAUCACGCAGAAUGCCCUUGACUACAUGAAAAAGCACAUUCCUAGUGCAAAAAACUUGGAUGCAGACAUCUGGAAGAAAUUCCUAUCUCGCCCUGCGCUGCCUUUUAUCCUCCGCCUGCUCCGAGGACUUGCCACGCAGCACCCUGCCACGCAGGUGCUAAUAGGUACAGACUCCAUCACAAACCUGCACAAGCUGGAGCAGGUGUCUAGCGACGAAGGGAUUGGGACACUAGCGGAGAAUCUUCUGGAAGCACUGAGGGAACAUCCAGAGGUGAAUAAGAAGAUCGACGCUGCCCGGAAGGAGACACGUGCGGAGAAGAAGCGCAUGGCUAUGGCGAUGAGGCAGAAGGCCUUGGGCACUCUGGGCAUGACGACGAAUGAGAAGGGUCAGGUAGUGACCAAGACCGCACUGCUUAAACAGAUGGAGGAGCUCAUAGAAGAACCAGGUCUGACUUGCUGCAUCUGCCGGGAAGGCUACAAGUUUCAGCCAACAAAGGUCCUGGGUAUUUAUACGUUCACCAAGCGCGUUGCACUGGAGGAGUUUGAGAACAAGCCCCGAAAACAGCAGGGCUACAGCACAGUCUCUCAUUUCAACAUCGUCCAUUACGACUGUCACCUUGCAGCUGUGAGGCUGGCUCGUGGCCGUGAUGUGUGGGAGAGCGCAGCCCUGCAAAAUGCCAACACCAAGUGCAACGGGCUCCUGCCAGUCUGGGGGCCUCAUGUGCCAGAGUCUGCCUUUGCUACAUGCUUGGCAAGACACAACACGUACCUCCAGGAGUGCACGGGGCAGCGGGAACCCACCUACCAGCUCAAUGUCCAUGACAUUAAGCUGCUAUUUCUCCGCUUCGCAAUGGAGCAAUCAUUCAGCGUAGACACUGGAGGAGGAGGAAGGGAGAGCAACAUACACCUCAUUCCAUACAUAAUCCACACGGUGCUCUACGUCCUCAACACAACUCGAGCAACCUCGAGGGAGGAGAAAAACCUCCAGAGCUUCAUGGAACAUCCCAAAGAGAAGUGGGUAGAGAGCGCCUACGAGGUGGACGGGCCCCACUACUACACGGUGCUGGCGCUGCACAUCUCGUCGCCCGAGAAGUGGAGGGCCAUGCGCGUGGAGAUCCUCAAGAGGCUCCUGGUCACCUCCCACGCGCGCCUGGUGUCACCAGGCGGUGCCAGCAGGCUGGCGGAUAAGGCAGUGAAGGAAUAUGCAACCUACCGCUCUGGCCUUCUCUUCUGGGCCCUAGUAGAUCUCAUUUACAACAUGUUCAAGAAGGUGCCUACCAGUAACACGGAGGGAGGCUGGUCCUACUCUCUGGCCGAAUUCAUACGACACAACGACAUGCCAAUACACGAAGCUGCAGACAAGGCCCUGAAAACCUUCCAGGAGGAGUUUAUGCCAGUCGAAACAUUUUCCGAGUUUCUGGACGUGGCUGGCCUCUUAUCUGAGAUCAAUGACGCCGAGAGCUUUCUCAAGGACCUUCUGAACUCUAUCCCCUGAGCUGCGGGCACAGAGAGGCCAAGGGCGAGGACGACGCUAGCUUGCCUUCCAUCCCUUCGUGUUCCUCCUUGUGCAGUCUGUCCCUUCCCGAGGAGUGCUGCAGUUUGUUCGUUUUUUUUUUUAUUAUUUUAUUUUAUACUUUUUUUUUUCUCGGAGUGAUUUGGAAUUAGAUUUGUUUUAUCCCAUGUUUCAGCGCUUCUAACUGUAAAGCUUUGUGUAUUCAAGCUGGUUGAAAGAACUUGUACAGAGAGGAAUCCAAACCAAGAAAAUCUUAAUGCUUUAGCGUGCACAUCUUUGAAGUUAAAUAAAUCGAACGAAUGGG